AUGACAACCCUCUUAGACCUCCUCUUCCAAAAGUCCGCAGGGGAGAUCUUUGACUCGAGCUCUGGCACGUUGAACCUUUCCAGGUUCAGUGAGUCCCCAGACCUGCUCAGUGUUCAGCACAGCGUGGACUUCAACAGUGUGGCCUUUUGCAAGAGCCUUGUCGACGUGAUUAAAAACAAGGCCGGCACGUCCCUUCGCAUUCUCGUGCUGAACGACAACAAUAUACGGAAGUUAACCGUUUUCUUGGCGGCACUGGAGGCGGCGGAUGUCUAUCGUGGCGUGACCGCCAUAUCUGCAACGGGCAACCAUAUCUCCGACCUCAACUUUCUGGGGCCACUAAAACGGUAUGAGGGCUUGGGGGAGCUGUUGCUGCGGGAAAACCCUGUGACGAAGCGCGGCGACUACAAGGCACAGGUGAUUAAGGGUCUGCCAAAACUUAUGAUGCUGGAUGGUGAAAUUAUUGAUCGUGGUCUCAUGCGCCUGCCCAAUCCUGUGCCUGUUGUUCUCAAUGAGAACCAAAUUGGUGUGCUGCGCUUUGUUCGAGAGUAA